AGUGGAGUAGUGAAGGUUGUGUGUUGUGAAGCCCGACCCGCUGCCUCUCGCCUCCACCAACUGUCUCCUCUCUCACGCCAUAUUACCAGGCCAUGGGUUCCCGCUCAAGUUCUCCUCUGGGUUCCUGCUAAAGUUCUCUUGGAUCCUGCUCAAGUUCUCUUCCUGUAAAACAGAGAAGUGGUUCGACGUCUCAACCACUGCCUUCCUGAUGAUUAAUUCUCGUCCUUCGGUGUGGUGCUAGCUCCUAGUUUACCCACCACUCUCCAACUAUUCUACUGGGUAUCCUUCUGCUUUACGUCCUUGCACUCCAUUAGACGUUUCAUCUGCUCCCUUAGCCUGCCAAUCUCUGCUCUAAGCUGCAGGCAGAGCUCGUGCAGGACUUGAGAGUGGAGGAGGGCCACCAGGUGGCAAUGGUCCUUCCAGUUACAGUGCACCUCCGUUGGGUUACAGAAUGCCACCCCCAGGCCCUACUAUGCCUCGUCUCCCACCACCAAGUUUCAUGCCCCCAGGAGCUCCGCCCGGCCUCCCACCACCAGCAUUCACUGUCCCACCACCUGGAUUUAUGAGCUCUUUUGGUCAGGCUCCUGCAGGUGAGGGUAGUGGGGCUGUGAUCUCUGCUGGCCCUCAGCUAAAUACCCCUCCAGCCAGUAAUUCUCCUGCUGCUGUCCAAGUACUGUCUCCAGCAACUACUCCAGGUCCUGCUACUUCUGCAAGUGCCUCACCUGCAAGUAUAGCCAUGCCUGGGACACCUUCUCCUGCCCUCCCUAACACCACUCCGACCACUAUUGCAACCACUAAACCCGAGGCCAGUUCACCUACGAAGGACAAGAAAAGUGUGUGGACAGAGCACAAGGCCCCAGAUGGAAGAAUAUAUUUUUACAAUACAGUCACACGACAGUCAUCAUGGGAGAAGCCAGAUGAAUUGAAGACACCUGCUGAGUUGCUACUCUCCCAGUGUCCAUGGAAAGAAUACAAGUCAGAAAGUGGAAAGAUUUAUUACCACAAUGUAAAUACAAAGGAGUCACGUUGGACAGUUCCAAAGGAGCUGGAGGAUCUGAAAACAAAAAUUUCUUCAGAAGAAAAUACGAGUGCCCCUAAGAACAAUACUGUUGCAGCACCAGACAAAAAGGCAACCUCUGCUGCUCUUGACCAAGCUAUGGCUGCUACUCUUGCUGCCAUUCAAGUUCCUACUGCAGAUAAAGUCCCUGAGAAGAAGCCGAGCCCGUCGGAGAAAGAAGAACCUGUUAAGCCCAUAGUUCCAGUUGAAGUAGUGAAGGAGGUAGCAGAGCCAAAACUGCUAGUGUUUAAGGACAAGAAAGAAGCACUAGAAGCCUUCAAAGAAUUUCUCAGAGACAAGGGUGUGCCUAGUGACGCUACUUGGGACAAGGCUGUUCGUAUGAUACAGAAUGAUGCACGCUACGAAGCCUUUAACAAACUGAAUGAGAAGAAACAAGCCUUCAAUGCUUAUAAAGUCCAGCGUGCCAAGGAAGAGAAGGAGGAGCAGCGACUACGAGCCAAGAAAGCCAAGGAGGACCUGGAACAGUUUUUGUUAAGCAGUGAACGAAUGAGCUCUUCUAUCAAGUACUACAGAUGCCAUGAGAUGUUCCAGCACUUAGAGUUGUGGAAGUGUGUGCCCGAGUCUGAGCGACGUGAAGUGUACGAGGACGUGGUGUUCAAUCUGGCCAAGAAAGAAAAGGAAGAGAAUAAAGCAAUGCGGAAGAGGAACAUGAAGGUAUUGAGUGAGAUAUUAGACAGUAUGACAAAUAUCACCUUUAAAACUACAUGGUCAGAGGCACAACAGAUGCUCAUAGACAACCCAACAUUUGCUGAAGACACAGAUCUGCUUAGCAUGGAUAAGGAGGAUGCCUUGAUUGUGUUUGCUGAACACAUCAAGCAACUGGAGGAGGAAGAGGAGGAGGAGCGUGAGAGGCAGAAGAGGAGGAUCAAGCGACAACAGAGGAAGUGCCGUGAUAACUAUAUAGCACUCUUGGACGAGUUGCACGAGCAGGGCAAACUCACCUCCAUGUCUUUGUGGGUUGAACUCUAUCCCAUGAUCUCUGCAGAUAUUAGGUUCACAGCCAUGCUUGGUCAACCGGGGUCAACACCUCUUGACCUGUUUAAGUUUUAUGUGGCAGAUCUCAAGUCCCGAUUCCAUGAUGAAAAGAAAAUCAUCAAGGAGAUCUUGAAAGAAAAAUCAUUUGAAGUUCAGGUGAAGACGAGCUUCAAGGAAUUUGCGACGGUUGUGUGUGACGAUCCUCGCUCAGCCACGCUGGAUGCUGGCAACGUCAAGCUCACUUACAAUGCUCUCAUUGAGAAGGCAGAAGCAAGGGAAAAGGAGAGGCAGAAGGAGGAGGCUCGUAAGAUGCGUCGUUUGGAAGCAGGUUUACGGGCAGCAUUUAAAUCAAUUGGCGUUGACUCCGGCUCUACUUGGGAAGAUGUGCGUCCUCGGGUGCAGCAUCUCUCAUCAUUCACUGCUGUUACUAUUGAGGCAGAGCGCAUCAGGAUUUUCAAGGAAUAUCAACAGCACCUGGAGGAGGCGUGUGGUCAUCAUCACUCUCGCAACAAAAAGAAAAGCAAGAAAAAAGAUAGGAAAAAGUCUCGAUCACGUUCCCACUCUUACUCGUCUGACAGUGAUGAUGGUCACCACAAGCGUAGAUCGCGGCGUUCACGUUCCCGCUCCAAAAGUUAUUCCGAUGAUUCCGAUGAUGAACGUCGCAGGUCUCGCAAAAAGAAAAGCAAAAAGAAGAAGGGUCGCAGUCGCUCGCGGUCUGUCAGCAGUGAAGAUUCAUACAGAUCAAGGCGCUCCAGUAAGAAAAAGAAGCAUCGUUCUCGCUCCCGUUCUCGCUCUAGAUCACGUGGCGGAUCACACAGAAGUACUCACACAAGAUCCAAAGGCCAUUCUGAAGGUGACUCAGCACGGAAAUCCUCAGAACGUGAGGCUGGCGAGGUCAGCUUAGAGGAGGGCGAACUGAGUGAAGACGAGUUGGAAAAGAAGAGGGAGCAGCUGAUGAAAGAACUUGAAAAUAUUAACUAAUGAUAUUAUUGGCAUGGAAAUGUUUAGUUCAAUCUUUGAAAAAUGCUGUAUGUUGAAGGUCUUGCAAAAUGAAACCUUAAUCCAUUUGUGAAAAAGAACUUGUGAUUAUUGUUCAAAGAAAGCAGGUUAAAAUAAAAUUUGUUUCAAUUGAGGAACAUUGUGCACAGUCCAUUCAAUUAACAAAAUGCUGUGUGUUUAGAAAACGCCAUCAUUUUUCUACCCUGCUCAAAGCAGUCUUCACGCUGAAAUCAUUUGUUUGCAAGUUGAUUUGGUACUAGUAAGCAUAACAUUCAAAGUCUUCACAACAUACAUUGCUACUCUGUAACAUUUAAUCAAAUUUUGUUAAAUAAAAUUAUUAAUGAAAAAUUUGUAUUUUUUAUUUUGAAAACAGGUUAAAUUCACGAAUGAUAUUUAAUGUGUUACAACAGUAUUUAAUACACUUUUACAGAAAAUUACAGACAACAAAUAUUUAGGCACAGUUGCAUGUGUAAUUAUCUGUCAGUCAUUAAGAAAGAAUUCAUGACUGAUGUUAUCAUACACAAAUAAGCAAUAAGCAUAAUUAUUCCAAAACAUCAUGCUUAUCUUUAAAUGAGAAAUAAACUUAACUGGAUGUUCAUAUCCCUACAUUUGCAGGCUGUGAAUAAAUUUUAGCAUCUUGAACCAGUCUAAUUCUUUGGAUAUUUUAGUACUUGAAUAAAAGUCAGCAGACUGUGCUGGUUGAUGAUGUAUCAUCUGCCAGUAAUCUUUAACAUCAGUGGAAUUUUGGAAUGCAGUGAAUUUUUGUAAUAGGUAAUGAAAUUUCUGAGGUUAUUACUCUCCAUGGAUCUUGCAAUUUCAUAGGAAUUAUGAAUGCAUUUUUGGAUUUUAUUUGGUGUAGUUUAGUACUGUUUUAUCAAUUUUCAAAUAGUAUUAAUCUGCAAAGAAUGACAGAAAAUACAUGAAUGUUUCCUUUUAGGAAGUAUGUGGAAUAAAUAUUUAAGAGAAGAAUGAAUGUGGAGCAAGCUUAUUUAUUACAGUGUAUUACAGUGUAUACACAUUGGCUUAAAUGGUGUUUACAGAUGAAAAAGAACGAUUCAUAUUAACAGUAUCUGCUCAAAAUAUAACAUUGUCCAAGUUGGGAAUAGGUGUCCAGUUGAGUGAGUUAAACAUUGGUUUCAAAUGUAUUUUGUGCGCUUGUGUUAAUAUUUCACAGCUGCACCCUUGAAUCCACAUACUUUUUUUGGUUAUCUUAUCAUUAGCAUACCUUCUUGACUUAUAUUGGUCCUUAGUUAUUGCUGUAUCAUUUGCUAUUGAUGGUCUCAGUCUAUUGCCAUCCAAGUUGCCCUCUUAGAUAAAGGCUAAUAUCAUUAGUUAAGCAAAGUCACCAUUUAAUUUGUAAGUCACUUAAGAUACUACAGUAUUUAUGGUUUUAUUGUCUACACAGGAUGAGAAAUUUAUCUUUGUAGUUUGUUUUCAGUUAUGUAUAGUUAUAGAGUGUAUUAGUUGAUGAAGGAUUGUCCUGCCGUGUUGCUGCUAACAAGUUAGAUUAUGAAGUAUUGGUCAUAAACAAGUACAGUAUUUGAAACAACGCUUUAAAGUGAGUAAGUGCAGCCAGCAGAGCAUUUCUACAAGCGAGGGUUAAGAUGUGGUAUGAGCCGCUCCAUUGUCACUUUAUGUAGAUUUAAAAUUUACCUAUUUUGAGAUUUGCUUUUUUAACUGCUAUUUGUAAUGACAAUGACUAUCUAAAUUUUGUAGUUUUCUCUCCAAAUUUAUAAAGUAUAUUCCUGAAGUGGGAUCUCUUGCAGAGUUUGAAAGUGCUUAUAAAAACUGUACACUAUUUACAACUUCAUUAUGAUUUUAAACGAUGAGAACAUUUUUUCUGUCUAGUAAUCAUUGUAAUAAUAAGAAAGCUACUGUAAAGUUUUGUAACAGAAUUUUGUAAGUAUUGUGUAAAUAUUUCACAAAUGGUGAUAUAUCCCACAAAUUUCCCUACAUAUAUGCACAAACUAAAUAUUGUUUCUCAAUUAUGUUGUAGAUUAUUUAAUUGACCUUGUUUAUAAUAAUACAAGUAUUGAUCAUAACAUGAGUUAGGUUAUGAAAUGUAGACAUUUAUAUAGGCAAAUCUUAUCGAGAACUUUUAACAAAUGAUUAAUUCUGUCGUAUAGUUUGUGAAUAUUUUUCCGUCGUCGUCUUAGUUCAUAUUUCAACUAUGGUGGACUGUAAAUUGAAUCUAUAUAUUGCAAUUAGAUUCUAGAGAACAAGUGAUGAAUGUCAUGGUAUAUAAACUGCUCAGUUGAACACUGUAACCAUUUUUUUUUUUUAAUAAACUUGGCAGGUUUGCUCAUAAAAUAUAAUUUAUGCUACAUUAUUGGUUUGGGUCUCAUUUUCUUGUUUAUUUACAUUUUUGUGUAGGUGAAUGCCAUUUUUUGUGCUGAAACAUAUAUUUUUUAAUAAGCAUUAAAAUUACUUAAAAAAAUUACUGAAAUGCUAUGUAAGUUUUGUCAUAAAAUUAUGGGUCAUGCUUUUCAGUAAACAUGGUACAAUAUGAAA